CUCCCACCCAUCCACCAACCACCGCUGCAGCCCUCGAGCCUUUCACCAUCAACUUCACCAUCACCAAUCUCCCCUACAAUUCCGACUUGGAAAAUCCUGACUCGGCCAGGUUCAGCACUAUGAGGAGAGAGGUGAACACCUUGCUCGACCGCCUCCUGAAGGAAAGCAGCAUUGGCCCCGCUUUCCUUGGAUGUGAAACAACAGCCUUCAGGCCAGUGAGGCAAGGGGACGACACGGGGGUGGACGCCGUCUGCACCUACAGGAAGGAGCCCUCGGCCCUGCCCUUGGACAGGGUGGGCCUUUACCACCAAGUGAGCAACAAGACCGCAGGCAUCACGCAGCUGGGCCCCUACAGCCUGGACAAGGACAGCCUCUACGUCAAUGGUUACAACGAACAGCCAGUCCUGCCCGCUCCCACCCAUCCACCAACCACCGCUGCAGCCCUCGAGCCUUUCACCAUCAACUUCACCAUCACCAAUCUCCCCUACAAUUCCGACUUGGAAAAUCCUGACUCGGCCAGGUUCAGCACUAUGAGGAGAGAGGUGAACACCUUGCUCGACCGCCUCCUGAAGGAAAGCAGCAUUGGCCCCGCUUUCCUUGGAUGUGAAACAACAGCCUUCAGGCCAGUGAGGCAAGGGGACGACACGGGGGUGGACGCCGUCUGCACCUACAGGAAGGAGCCCUCGGCCCUGCCCUUGGACAGGGUGGGCCUUUACCACCAAGUGAGCAACAAGACCGCAGGCAUCACGCAGCUGGGCCCCUACAGCCUGGACAAGGACAGCCUCUACGUCAAUGCUACAGCUCUAUCUCCAAUAACUGGGAACUUCACAGUCAACUUCACCAUAACUAAUCUCCCAUACUCUAGUCAUCUCAGAAAUCCUUAUUCUGCCAAAUUUAGUUCUACAACAAAAGUCCUGACUGCUCUGCUUGAUCAGCUGUUCAAGAGGACUAGUAUUCAUUCUGUGUAUACAGGCUGCAAAUUGAUGGCUUUCAGACCUGCACAAAAUAUUGAAGACACUGGAGUAGACGCUGUGUGUACCUACAAAACAGAUUCUGCUGUUCCACAAUUUGAUCGAGUGAUUCUUUACCAUGAAGUGAGCAGCAAAACAAAUGGCAUCACCAACUUGGGAAUCUACAGCUUAGACCAGGAAAGCCUGUAUAUCAAUGAUUACCAUGAAGCCCUUCUCACUCCUCCAACAUCUCCAGCUCCUCCUCUUGCAAGAGAGGGACAUUUCACAGUGAACUUCACUGUGACCAAUCUCCUCUACACAUCAGCACUAGGAAAUUUGAAUUCUAAAAAAUUCAUUGCUACAAAAAAAACUCUGGGAUACUUGCUUGAUCGUGUACUCAAGAACAGCAGCAUUAGCCCCGCUUACACUGGAUGUGCAGUGGUGGCACUAAGGUCCAUGAGGAAUGGAGAGGGCACUGCCAUGGAUGCAGUCUGCACAUACACAGCUCCAGAAUUCGACCGAAUCAAGGUUUAUCGUGAGCUCAGCCAGAUGACAGGCAGCUGCACUGAGCUGGGACCCUACAGGCUGGAUGCAGCAAGUUGUUAUGUUAAUGGUUAUAAUGAACCACAGCCUGGACUAUCUGUUGAUCAAGGAUCAGAGCCUCUGUCACCCGCAGUGAGGAACUUCACAUUGAAUUUCACUAUAACCAACCUCCCCUUCACUGCAGAUCUGGCAAUGCCAAAUUCUAAAAAAUUCAAGUCAACAGAAAAAGUCAUGUAUCAUUAUGUUGACCCUUUACUCCAGAAAAGCAGCAUUGGCCCUGCUUAUAUUGGCUGCAAAGUUAUGGCAUUCAGGUCAAAGGAGGACAGGGAUGACACAGGAGUAGAUGCCAUCUGCAGCUACAGAGAUGAUCCUUCAGAUCCCACGUUCAGCAGAGUCACAGUUUACCAUGAGCUGAGCAACAUGACCAAGGGCAUCACCGAGCUGGGACACUACAGCCUGCACAGCCACAGCCUCUACGUUGAUGAUUACAAUGAACCACAUACUCUGUCUGCAGUGAAGCCAACCACUGCCCAAAACUCAGGACCAAAAAUUGAGCAAUUCACCCUGAACUUCACAAUAACCAACCUCAGGUUCACACCAGACCUAGGGACACCAAGCUCUGCUAAAUUCAAUUCUACUGAGAAAAUCAUGCAACAUUAUAUUGACCCCCUGCUCCAGAAGAGCAGCAUUGGCCCCUACUUCACUGGCUGCAAAGUAACGGGAUUCAGGUCCAUGAGGAACAGGGAUAGCACAGGAGUAGACACCAUCUGCAACUAUGGAAAUGGCUCCCAAGUGCCUGAGUUGGACCGAGCUAAGGUUUACCAAGAACUAAAGGGCAUGACAAAUGGCAUCACCAAAUUAGGAAUCUAUGACCUGGACAAUACGAGCCUCUACAUCAAUGGUUACAACGAACCACUCGAGAGAUCAUCUCUGAGCAAAGGUACCGCCCCAAGCCCAACGUCCAAGCAUUUCACCCUGAAUUUCACCUUGACCAACCUUCAGUACACUGCAGACCUGGAGGCACCAAGCUCCCGCAAAUUCAUUUCCACAGUAAAAGUUCUCAACCAUUAUAUUGACCCUCUUUUCAAAAGAAGCAGCAUAAACUCUACCUACACAGGAUGCAAAAUUAUGAGAUUUAGGUCUGGGAGAAACAUGGAUUACACAGGCGUAGAUGCUGUCUGCAGCUACAAAACCAAUGACAGCCUUGCCACCUUUGACAGAGAAAAGGUUUAUCAUGAGCUGAGCACCAUGACAAACAGUGUCACCACACUAGGGCACUACAGCCUGGAGAGGAACAGCCUGUACAUCAAUGGUUUCCCCCUCACAGACACAGUUAACACCAGAAAGCCUGUCUCAACUGAAGCUCCAGACGAAUUGGGCUACAGGCUGAGCUUUAGAAUAGUCAAUGAAAACUUAACUAACCCGGACCCUCAGUCUCCAGAAUACAAAGCAGCAGUGGAGAGCAUCACUAACAAGGUGAAUCAACUGUACCAUCAGAGCAACCUGCGAGACCAGUUCCUGAACUGCAGUAUCACAAGGCUGAGGACCGGAUCCAUAGUGGUCGACUGCAAGUGCUUCUUCCAGCCAGAGCCCAGCAUCAACAGGACUGUGGUUGAAAGGACUUUCCAGGACAGGACUUCAAAUGCAACUGGACUAUGGCUGGGAAGCAGUUACCAGCUGCAAGGAUUCUCAGUAGACAGCUUGGAACUAGCAAUUGAGGCAGUAACUCACAAAGCACCCCUCAAGUCUGGGAAAGAAAACUUCAGAUUAAGCUUCAGAAUCUCCAACCUUCCCUACUCCCCAGAACUGCAGGACUCCAGGUCACAGAUGUACCAAGAGAACAAAGAGAAAAUUGAGAAAGAGCUUGACAUAUUCAGAGCCAGCAGCCUGAAGGACUAUUUCGCUGGGUGCACUGUUGAGAACUUUGGGCCUGUCCGUGGGAAAGCUUACACAAGCAUCACCUCCACCUGCAAAUUCCUACUUAACCCCUUCUCAAGGGUUUUACAGAAGCAAGAGGUGUACGAGGAGCUGAAACGCCUGACGCACGGGUUCACCCAGCUGGGCUCCAGCUACCAGCUGGAAGAGGAGAGUCUGGUUGUUGAAGGUUACUCCCCAGUCGAGACAGAUGAACAGGGGUCUGAAAAAUCUGAGCUUCAGUUCUGGGCAAUUAUCCUCAUCUGUGUUUUCACCCUGCUUGGCUUCAUCAUCCUCCUCUUGUUAUGCUUCCUGAUUGUCUUCUGCCUGAGAAGGAAGUCGCAUCUAUACCAGGUUCAACAAGGCAUGUACGGGGUGUACUUCCCCCACCUGAACACAAGGAAGGUGCAUUGA